GGCCGACAGGACCUGCCCGGCCGGCUGCCCCGCGCCCUGCCUCGCCCAGCAGCCCGGCCAGCCGGGAGGGAUGCGCCGUGCAGCCCGGCUCCCCUAUGCCCAGCUCAUGUCCUGAAGCAGAAAGUUUGGGUCGGGGUCAGUCUUCCUCCACCACCUCCUAUGACUGCCCAAGGUCUCCUGCUGCCCAGCUUCGACUGUGACCCGCCUUCGCUUCCCAGGUCGUCAUGAACUCUUCCAAGCUGUAACCAAGGCUUCCCCUCUUGGCCCCUCCCUCACCCUCUCUUGAAAAACAAUAUUUUUUUUUAUUCAAGAAAUUGGGAUCUGCCGACUCCCCCUUCUUGUUAAUAAUCGAGACCCCAGGCCUCAUUUCUGAGUGUAAGGAGGGGGUGCGGUCUCCCCCAAGACGGCCUGCUGGAAGGACAGAUUCCCCUUGCCGACCCACAUACACCAUGAAGAGGUGCAAAUCGGACGAGCUGCAGCAACAGCAGGGCGAGGAGGAUGGAGCUGGGCUGGAAGAUGCCGCUUGCCACCUGCCGGGCACGGACCCUCGGCCUGGGGAGGCCACGGGUGCUAACUCCGCUGGCGGGCCAACUUCAGAUGCCGGCGCUGCCGCGGCGCCCAACCCCAACCCGGGUCCCCGAAGCAAGCCUCCUGAUUUAAAGAAAAUCCAGCAGCUCUCAGAGGGCUCCAUGUUUGGCCACGGCCUGAAGCACCUGUUCCACAGCCGCCGCCGGUCACGGGAGAGGGAGCACCAGGCGUCUCAGGAUUCCCAGCAGCAGCAGCAGGGCAUGUCGGACCAUGACUCCCCGGACGAGAAGGAGCGCUCCCCGGAGAUGCACCGCGUCUCCUAUGCUAUGUCCCUGCACGACCUGCCCGCCCGGCCCACCGCCUUCAACCGCGUGCUACAGCAGAUCCGCUCCCGGCCCUCCAUCAAGCGGGGUGCCAGCCUGCACAGCGGCAGCGGGGGCAGCAGCCGGCGCACCAAGAGCAGCUCCCUGGAGCCUCAGCGCGGCAGCCCCCACCUGCUGCGCAAGGCUCCCCAGGACAGCAGCCUGGCCGCCAUCCUGCACCAGCACCAGUGCCGGCCCCGCUCCUCCUCCACCACUGACACUGCCCUGCUGCUGGCCGAGGGCAGCAACGUGUACCUCCUGGCUGAGGAGGCCGAGGGCAUCAGCGACAAGGUCGACAAAGGAGACCUCGCGGCCCUGAGCCUCCCUUCCGGCCCUGGCCAUGGUGACACCGACGGCCCCAUCAGCCUGGACGUGCCAGAAGGGGCACCAGACCCACAGCGGACCAAGGCCGCCAUCGACCAUCUGCACCAGAAGAUCCUCAAGAUCACAGAGCAGAUCAAGAUCGAGCAGGAGGCGCGGGACGACAACGUGGCGGAGUACCUGAAGCUGGCCAACAACGCGGACAAGCAGCAGGUGUCCCGCAUCAAGCAGGUGUUCGAGAAGAAGAACCAGAAGUCAGCCCAGACCAUCGCCCAGCUGCACAAGAAGCUGGAGCACUGCCGCCGGCGCCUGAAGGAGAUCGAGCAGAACGGGCCCUCGAGGCAGCCCAAGGACGUGCUGCGGGACAUGCAGCAGGGCCUGAAGGACGUGGGUGCCAACAUGCGCGCGGGCAUCAGUGGCUUUGGGGGCGGUGUGGUGGAGGGCGUCAAGGGCAGCCUCUCUGGCCUCUCACAGGCCACCCACACCGCCGUGGUGUCCAAGCCCCGGGAGUUCGCCAGCCUCAUCCGCAACAAGUUCGGCAGUGCGGACAACAUCGCCCACCUGAAGGACCCUCUGGAAGACGGUCCCCCUGAAGAGGCCGCCCGGGCACUGAGCGGCAGCGCCACGCUCGUGUCCAGCCCCAAGUACGGCAGUGACGACGAGUGCUCCAGUGCUAGUGCCAGCUCGGCCGGGGCGGGCAGCAACUCUGGGGCUGGGCCUGGGGGCGCACUGGGCAGCCCCAAGUCGAAUACACUCUAUGGCGCCUCCGGAAACCUGGACACUCUACUGGAGGAGCUGCGGGAGAUCAAGGAGGGACAGGCUCACCUGGAGGACUCCAUGGAGGACCUGAAGACUCAGCUGCAGCGGGACUACACCUACAUGACCCAGUGCCUGCAGGAGGAGCGCUACAGGUAUGAGCGGCUGGAAGAGCAGCUCAACGACCUGACCGAGCUUCACCAAAACGAGAUGACGAACCUGAAGCAGGAGCUGGCCAGCAUGGAGGAGAAGGUGGCCUACCAGUCCUACGAGAGAGCUCGGGACAUCCAGGAGGCCGUGGAGUCCUGCCUGACGCGGGUCACCAAGCUGGAGCUGCAGCAGCAGCAGCAGCAGGUGGUGCAGUUGGAGGGCGUGGAGAACGCCAACGCGCGGGCGCUGCUGGGCAAGUUCAUCAACGUCAUCCUGGCGCUCAUGGCCGUGCUGCUGGUGUUCGUGUCCACCAUCGCCAACUUCAUCACGCCCCUCAUGAAGACGCGCCUGCGCAUCACCAGCACCGCCCUCCUGGUCCUCGUCCUCUUCCUGCUCUGGAAGCACUGGGACUCCCUCACCUACCUCCUGGAGCACGUGUUGCUGCCCAGCUGAGAGGCCAGCCCCCGAGCCUGUGCUUCCGGCUCUCUGCGGCCACACUUCUCCAGGGGGGACUCUGGGCCUCCCAAGUCCCUUGGACUUGGCCUCCGUUUGGCCUUCUGCCCACACUGUCCAUCGCCCCCUCCUCUGUGCUUCUGUCUGACACCUUCUCCCUGUAGGCCUGAACGGAGCCCAGAGCACAGGGCUGGCUGGGGUGCUGGGACACCUGUGGCCAGUGAAGCGGAGGACGCCGGGUUGGGUCGUUUGGAGUAUUUAUUUGGACUCUCCCGGCCGUCCUUGGGCUUCCCCGGGUCAGGAAGGCACUAGGAAUGGGAGAAGGCGAGGGCUCUGUCUGGGGCAGCUACAGUUCCCUCCGGCAGAGUCAGUGAAGGGAGAGCGAGGUGGGGGCUCUGCUGGCCCCAGAGAGCACAGGGAGGUGAGAGGUCCCCAGGCUUCAGGCUCCCCCAGGAUGAGGGCAGGCUGGAGCAGCUGCCAGGAGCUCCACCACCCCGCAGCCCUCUUCCCUCCGAGGGAGGUGGAGGCUGGCUUCCGGGGCUGGCCCUCCCAGGAUCUGGACAAGGCAGGCUUGGGCUGCUCGGCCGUGGCUUUGGACUUGUCUUACCCCUGCUGCUCUGUCUGCCUACCACUGGAUCUGCUAUUUUUCAGGGACACAGGCCCCAGGGGCUCCCGAGCCUCAGCCUUAGGCCUCUGGGAGCAUGUUGGGUUCUAUUUAUUUAUUUAUUUGCUCCACAUCUUCCCUGCCCAGUUCGGGGUGAGGCUCCGCCCAUGCCUCUCUCUGAAGCCAGGGCUGAGCCUGGGCCCAUCAGGCACCUCCACUCCAUUCCCUGCAGCCUCCAGAUAAUCCUGGCUGGGGGGCAGGGGCAGAGCUCGCCAGCCCCACUCCCCGAAGCAGCUCCAUGCCAGGUGGGAGGAGUGUGGCCUUUUUAUACGUCUUAUUUAUUUUGUAAGUGUGUUUGUGUGGAGGAGGUUGUUUGCUGCUUUAUUUUUUUAAGGCUCUGGAGUGUCGUGUAUGGUUUCUCUUCACAUCCCAACCUCCCCUUGGGCACUUCCAGGAAUAGAGGGGAUUUCUCGGAGAAAGGAAUCCGCCGGAGCAGGGGAAAGCUGUGUCUGCCAGCUCUUGUGACCUUCCUGAGAAAUAAAUAUCCUCUACAUUUUCAAACCA